AUGGUGACUAUUGACACAGAACCUUUAAUGGACAAUCAGUCCCAUAAUAAUAUACAAACCGACAUUAAUGAUAUCAACUCAACUAAUGAGAUCGAUAAUGCAGAUACAUCGUCUUUGCAAGCAGUAAUUUCAAAUAACACAUCAUUAGAAGAAAAUUUAGAGGCUGGAAAAGAUACUACUAAUAAUUCACAGAAUAGUGAUCCUAUAUUGAUAGAAUAUCAUUCCGCCUGUCAAGCCGGUGAUUUGGUUACAAUAAAGAGGUUAGUUGAAUCACACGCAAUUACUAUUGGUCAAGAUUUUGAUCCAAUCGAAAAAGUAACUGGUUUACACUGGGCUGCAAUUAAUAAUCGAUUAAGUAUUGUAGAAUACUUGUUAAAACAAGGUGCUGAUCCAAAUUUUAAAUCCAGUCAGUUGAAUGCUACUCCUUUACAUUGGGCUGCAAGGUAUGGUUAUGUAUAUAUAGUAGAUUAUUUGUUAAAAAACUCAGAUGCUGAUGCUACCUUAUGUGAUGAUCAAGGAUUUAAUGUUCUACAUUUAGCUGUAACCAGCUCAAACAUCAUGCUGGUUUGCUAUAUAUUAUAUUUCGUAGUGGACACUGGUCUAAUUGAUGUAGAUUGUAGAGAUUUACAAAAUAGAACACCAUUGAUCUGGGCAGCAUAUCAAGGAGAUCCCUUAACCGUAUCAAUGUUGUUAAAAUUUGGUGCAAAUGUUAAAUUAGUAGAUGAUUCUGGUUUUACUGCCUUACAUUGGGGUGUUGUAAAGGGGCAGGUACAAGUAUUAAAACAUUUGAUUAAGGAAGGCCAAGCUGAUUUUUUUGCUAAGACAAUGGAUGGUAAAAAUUGUUUUGAUAUCGCCAAUGAAUUAAAUAAACAGAGCUCUUUGCGCAAUAGCUUAUUAUAUAGUGGUUUUGAUGAAAAUGGAUACAGAAUCAAAAGCUAUUUGAAGAAUGAUUUGCAUGCAAAGACAAUCAUGUUUUUUGCGCCAUUAAUACUAAUGAUUCCAAUUUUUGUUUCAUUCCAGUUUUUGAACCCAUUGUUUGUUCUAUUAUUUGGUGCUGUCAUUAGUUUAUUAUUAAAAUUUGGAUUAAACAAGUUUGUAUUGCCUACAUUAAUUAUUAACAAUAAAUCACCUUAUAAAGUGACUUUUUCAAAAUCACCUUUAGUAGCCGGAAUAUUUUUUAACAGUCUAAUUAUCGUAUCUGCACUAUGGUUUUGGAAAAUGAUUUUUGUCAUUUUUUCGAGACGUUCGAUACUAUCGUUACUAUUAUCUAUCCUAAUCAUUAUGUCAUUCAUAUUAUUUAUGCAAUUAAUUCAAUCAAAUCCUGGUAUUAUUGAAACUGAAAAAAAUCAUGAUGUUAUUCGUUCCACAAUAACAGAUUUAUUAUCAAUCGGUCAUUUUGAUACGAAUAAUUUCUGUAUUGAAACUCAAGUAAGAAAACCAAUUAGAAGUAAAUACUCUUCUUUUCAACAACAUGUUAUUACAAGAUUUGAUCACUUUUGUCCAUGGAUAUAUAAUGAUGUUGGGUUUAUGAAUCAUAAAAAAUUUGUUUGGUUUGUUACUUGUGUUGAAAUAGCAAUUAUAAUUUUUAUUAAAUUAUCUUUUAAAUACUUUGACAUCAAAGAGGAUUAUUAUGAGGUGGUAUUAGGAAAGGAUGCAAAAUGUUAUCUUUUAGGAGAUGAUGAGUUAUGUUUUGGAUAUCAAUAUGAUCCAACAAUUUUCUUAGCUAAUGCAUGGUCUGCAUUGCAGUUAGCAUGGGUAACAAUGUUGUUUAUCAUUCAAUGGGUACAAAUCAUUCAAGGUGUAACUAAUUAUGAGUUUAUCUUAUUGUCAAAAAGAAGGUCUACAAACAACCGCUUCAAUGAAUAUUUCAAUAGUGCUCCAGAAGAAUUGUUACAUAAAUCAAAUUCGAAUAUUUUAGAUGGAGAUGCCAAUGGAUUAGAUGAUUUUAAUGAUACGGUUAAUGGUUUUGAUAAUGAUGGUGGUCACAAUAAAGUUAUAAAAAUGAAUUUGUAUUAUAAAAUAAUUGGGAUGGAAUCAUGGAUAAGAAUCAUUAAAGAUAGACAUAAAUAUAAUGAUCCGUUAAAUAUUCUAUACAAUUCUGCAAGCAACUCUACAAAAAUGAAUAAGAUUGACUAUUGGACAAAUAUUAAAGACUUUUGGUUAGACGGUGAUUAUAAAGCACCACUGUGGCUCAGAUUAAUAGAAUCACCAAAAGAUAAUAAGGGGUUACUAAAUGGCCAUGUAGUUGAUUAUAGCAAACUUUAUGAUUUAUCAAAUAUGCAAAAUCCAGAAGAUUUGGUUUAA